AGAGGAUUAAUUUAUUUCAGACGACUCAGUGUGUGUUGUGUGUGUGUUGUGUGUGUGUGUCCAUGCUCGUUGAACGAGCCUCGUCUCUUCAGACUGAAUCAUGGCGAGCGACUCCCCGGCGCGGAGUCUGGAUGAGAUAGACCUGUCUGCACUACGGGAUCCAGCUGGUAUCUUUGAGCUGGUUGAACUGGUUGGUAAUGGAACCUACGGACAGGUCUACAAGGGUCGCCAUGUCAAGACAGGACAACUGGCUGCCAUCAAGGUCAUGGACGUCACUGGAGAUGAGGAGGAGGAGAUUAAAGCAGAGAUCAACAUGUUGAAGAAGUACAGUCACCACAGAAACAUCGCCACCUACUACGGAGCCUUCGUGAAGAAGAAUCCUCCAGGGAUGGACGACCAGCUCUGGCUGGUGAUGGAGUUCUGCGGUGCCGGCUCCGUCACAGAUCUGAUCAAAAACACCAAAGGGAACUCGCUGAAGGAGGAGUGGAUCGCCUACAUCUGCAGAGAGAUCCUGAGGGGUCUGACUCACCUCCACCAGCACAAGGUCAUCCACAGGGACAUCAAAGGUCAGAACGUGCUGCUGACUGAGAACGCUGAGGUUAAACUGGUUGACUUCGGUGUGAGUGCUCAGCUCGAUCGUACGGUCGGCCGGCGGAACACGUUUAUCGGGACGCCAUAUUGGAUGGCUCCAGAGGUCAUCGCCUGUGAUGAGAAUCCUGACGCCACGUACGACUUCAAGAGUGAUCUGUGGUCACUCGGCAUCACAGCCAUAGAAAUGGCAGAGGGAGCUCCACCUCUGUGUGACAUGCACCCGAUGCGAGCGCUCUUCCUCAUCCCCAGAAACCCCGCCCCCAGACUCAAGUCUAAAAAGUGGUCAAAGAAGUUCCAGUCGUUCAUCGACAGCUGCCUGGUGAAGAGUCACAGUCAGAGGCCGAGCACCGAGCAGCUGCUCAAACACCCGUUUAUCAGAGAUCUGCCCAACGAGCGGCAGGUCCGCAUCCAGCUCAAAGACCACAUCGACCGCACCAAGAAGAGGAGGGGGGAGAGGGAUGAGACAGAGUAUGAAUACAGCGGCAGCGAGGAAGAGGACGAGGAGAGAGACAUUGGAGAACCGAGCUCCAUCAUCAACAUCCCCGGCGAGUCGACUCUGAGGCGGGACUUCCUGCGUCUCCAGCUGGCCAAUAAGGAGCGGUCGGAGCUGAUCCGGCGGCAGCAGCUGGAGCAGCAGCAGAAUGAGGAACACAAGCGCCAACUGCUGGCCGAGAGGCAGAAACGCAUCGAGGAGCAGAAAGAGCAGAGGCGACGACUGGAGGAGCAACAGCGUCGCGAGCGCGAGCUGAGGAAGCAGCAGGAGCGCGAGCAGCGGCGGAGGUACGAGGAGAUGGAGCAGCUCCGCCGGGAGGAGGAGAGGAGGCACGCUGAGAGAGAACAGGUGAGAGGACACCUGACCCAACCACCGGACGUCACAACAUCACAGGAGUAUAUCCGUAGACAGUUGGAGGAGGAGCAGAGGCAGCUGGAGAUCCUGCAGCAGCAGCUCCUGCAGGAGCAGGCCUUACUGCUGGAGUACAAGAGGAAGCAGAUUGAGGAGCAGCGUCAGGCUGAGCGUCUGCAGAGGCAGCUGCAGCAGGAGCGCGCAUACCUGGUGUCUCUGCAGCAGCAGCAGGAGACGCCACCACAGCGCCCCCCGCAGGACAAGAAGCAGCUGUACCACUACAAGGACCAGGCGCCGAGCAGCAACGACAAACCCGCCUGGGCCAAAGAGGUGAUGCGUCGAGCUCAGAGCAACUCGCCGCGCAUCCCGCCCAAGAAAUACCACUCGUUCAGGGAGGCCCGGCACGUCAACCUUGACAACCUCCUGCGACUACCAGGCUACAAGCCACGCCCCCGCCCGCCCUCAUACCCCGCCCACGUCAGCCCGUCCAGGGACCACCCCAAUGUGCCUCGAAUCCGCGUCACAUGCGUCCCCGAGCGCAGCCUCACCCCCGACUACCCUCGGCCGUUGAUGCGCCACCAUAGCCCUGAGUACAGGGGGCGGAGCCCGGACUCCAGGGGGCGGAGCCCCGGCCGCCGGGUGGAGGAGUUUUAUAAGAUGAACAGACAGACUUCUCCUGCGUUGCAGCACAAAGUCUCCAACCGGAUCUCGGACCCGACGCUGCCGCCACGCUCCGAGUCUUUCAGCAGCGGAGGCAUCCAGCAGGCCAGGACUCCGCCCAUGCACCGCUCCGUCGAACCACAGAUGGCACACCUGCUGCAGGUCAAGGGUCAUGGCCUCUCGGGCUCUCAGUCCCUGUAUGACCCUCACGGUGUGUCCUCCUCUUCCUCCUCCUCCACCUCGGCGUUGCCCUCCCCCUCCCGGCCUCCCAUGCCCCGGCAGAACUCAGACCCCACCUCUGACACACCACCUGCCCCGCCCCUGUCCCGCCUGGCACCCCCCCUCGACAAGCUGGACCGCAGCUCAUGGCUGCGGCAGGACGAUGACAUGCCCCCCAAGGUUCCUCAGAGAACGACCUCCAUCUCUCCUGCGUUAGUGAGGAAGAACUCCCCGGGAAAUGGACCUGGCCUCGUUCCUCGGGCCGGAGCUCACCUCAUACGAGCCAGCAACCCCGACCUGCGGAGGAUCGACGUUUCCAUGGAUAUGCCCCUAAAGAGGACGAGCAGUGGCAGCUCGUCCAGCUCCAGCACGCCCAGCUCCCAGGGAGGAUCCAACGAGCGUGGUCAUUCAGCCAAUCAGACUGAAGGCUCCACACUUUCAUCACAUGACACCAAAGACGACGGCAGAGAGGUGACACGACCAAGUCGACCUGCAAGCUAUAAGAAAGCUGUAGAUGAGGAUCUCACAGCUUUGGCCAAAGAGCUGCGGGAGUUGCGUCAGGGGGAGGAGUCAAGCCGCCCGCCCGUCAAAGUCACCGACUACUCGUCGUCCAGUGAGGAUUCUCACAGCAGCGAGGAUGAGGAGGGAGAGGGUGGAGCCAACGAUGGCACGGUGGCCGUCAGCGACAUACCGCGCAUCAUGCCUGCAGCGAGUCAAAGUGCGAGCGAGUCGCUGAGCGCAGUGGGUGGUGGCCACAGCGACGGCAGCCACAGCGACGCGUAUGGAAACAGCUCACAGGAUGGAACGCUGAUGAUGCGUGAGAGACGGAGGCGGAGCUCGGUCGCCAGCGCCGCCUUCUUCGGCCUUGCCGGUCUCUUCUCUGCCAACACCAAUCUGCCAGAUUUGGUGCAGCAAAGCCCCUCCCCCCUCGUCUCCCCCGGCAAUGCCUCUGGGCUCCAAUACGGGAUGGGAAGUGGCAGCGGCUCCAAGGCGUCCUUCACACCGUUUGUUGACCCACGCGUCUACGGGACGUCACCAACCGAUGACGACAAAGACUCCGCCUCAGCGCUGUUCGCCGACGAGCUGCAGAAGCAGGAGCAGGAGCUGGAGCAGGCGCGACUCAACGAAGCCAGAAAGAUCUCCGUGGUCAACGUCAACCCGACCAACAUCAGGCCGCACAGCGACACGCCUGAGAUCCGCAAAUACAAGAAGCGCUUCAACUCUGAGAUCCUGUGUGCAGCACUGUGGGGCGUGAACCUGCUGGUGGGGACAGAGAACGGUCUGAUGCUGCUCGAUCGAAGUGGUCAGGGAAAAGUUUACAACCUGAUCAACCGACGGCGCUUCCAACAGAUGGACGUCCUGGAGGGACUCAACGUCCUGGUCACCAUCUCAGGGAAGAAGAACAAGCUGCGUGUUUAUUACCUGUCGUGGCUCAGGAACAGGAUCUUACACAACGACCCUGAGGUGGAGAAGAAACAGGGCUGGAUCACAGUGGGAGAACUGGAGGGCUGUGUUCACUACAAAGUUGUGAAGUACGAGAGGAUCAAGUUCCUGGUGAUCGCUUUGAAGAACUCGGUGGAGAUCUAUGCCUGGGCACCCAAACCUUACCACAAGUUCAUGGCCUUCAAGUCGUUCACAGAGCUGCAGCACCGCCCACUGCUGGUCGACCUGACCGUGGAGGAAGGACAGAGGUUAAAGGUCAUCUACGGCUCCAGCGUGGGCUUCCACGUCAUCGAUGUGGACUCUGGAAACCCCUACGACAUCUACAUACCCUCACAUAUUCAGGGUCAGGUGACCCCGCACGCCAUCGUGGUUCUGCCCAAGACGGACGGCAUGGAGAUGCUGCUGUGCUACGAGGACGAGGGCGUCUACGUCAACACCUACGGACGCAUCACCAAAGACGUGGUGCUGCAGUGGGGCGAGAUGCCCACCUCCGUCGCCUACAUCCACUCCAACCAGAUCAUGGGCUGGGGAGAGAAGGCCAUUGAGAUCCGCUCCGUGGAGACGGGACACCUCGACGGAGUUUUCAUGCACAAGCGAGCUCAGCGACUGAAGUUCCUGUCAGAGAGGAACGACAAGGUCUUCUUCGCCUCAGUUCGCUCUGGCGGCAGCAGCCAAGUCUUCUUCAUGACCCUGAACAGAAGCUCUAUGAUGAACUGGUAACCUUUGACCUCCUCUUCUAUGCUGAGAACAUCGCCCACCAUCAGGAGAGAGGGAAGUGUGUGUGUGUGUGUGUGUGUGUGAGUCUGUGGGUGAGUCUAUGUGUGUGUUGAGGAUAUACGAUGACCUGCUGGACCCCACACCUGUAGGGGGCGCCACAGCCUCACUCUCUCUCUCUCUCUCUCUGCGGACUGUUGGACCACAGUGACUUUUGUUCCCAAGGACGUUAAAGGACAUGGACGCCGCGCCCAUGUCGCCUUUGACUUUCCCAUUGGAUUGAAUAGAGGAGUUAUUUUGUGUAGCACAUGAGUGAUUAUCUCACAGGGUUUCCCGACGUCCUCUGCCACACGGUGUCGUCUUAGUGAGUACGAACUUUGGUAUUUGUUAACGUAGCAUAAGUGACGUCGACAUCAACGCAACGCGGCGGACGUGAAUUCCACAUGAUGUCCACGCUGAGGUGUUUUCCUGUCUGGCCUUGUGUGUGUGGACACGCUAGCUUCAUCGUUUCCACCACAACGAGACGUGACAGCGAGCCAAGUUCACAAUCGUCCAAAGCCGUUUUUUUGUAAUAGUGUGUUCCAGUGGUGCAGGGAGGUUGUAACAUAGCAGAAUCUUUAAAUUUGAACCCAUAUUUAAAACAGGCUACAUCCACACUAAUGAUAGUGAGUUACAACAAUGAGUGUUUUCAGUAUAAUUAAAGUUAAGUUUUCGGAUUUUUCAGCGUCUUACAUGUGAAUACUUUCUGAUUUCUUUGCUCCAUUUAAACAAAGAAAUCAUUCAAACGUUUGUGACAUUGGAAGUGUCAUCAUUUCCAGGUUUGACAAACAAUGAUCAAUAUUUUCCGACUUUUUUAGGGAGCAAACGAUGAAUGGAGAAAAUAAUCAACGAUGAAAGUAAUUGUGUACGUUCUUCAGAAGUGAAACUGAAAGUUUAGCUUUUUGUUGUCACAUCGUAGUCAUUGAGAAACAAUCGGUGAUGUGAUAAUUGUGUUAUUGUUUACCUUUAAGUUUUCAAACACAAACAGAGCCAGCAGCAUUUUAUAUUUCUUGUUAUUUUUUUGUCUCCGGAGCAGAAUUUAGUGUGAACGUAGAGAAACCUGUGAUAUCAAACAGCUGUGAUGCCGCUCCCGGUUGCGACUUCCGAGGGCAACUGGAACACGCUAUGACUUUUGUAGCAAAAAAAAAAAGAAAGACAAGUACAUAAAUAAAUAAAUAAAUAAAUUGACGUCCGAGGCGUCAGAAAUCUGUGGCUAAUGUGUUUUCCGUUACCCGAAAAACAGCGGUUUCCUGGCGUGUUUUUCAGAUUGUAGAUAUUGUUAUUAUCGCUGCGAGAGACACACAAUCACAAAAUCACACAUCACAUCAAAUUGCACACGAGGAGUAGACGGUCGAUUAAAAAAAAAUGUGGACGUAGUCUUCUGGUUUCUGUGGCGUGGAAGGAACUAUUUACUUUGACUGGCCACCAGGGGGCAACACCUGGUAUUGUCCGAUAGCAACCCGAUUGCCAAGUGACGUCUCAUUGUCGACAUUGACGCUGGUUAAAUCACAAAAUCUGUAGGCUUGACCUGAGCGGCCAGUCACCAACACUUUUUUUGAUGAAUUCCAUUUGUAGUCGGAACUCGGAAUUUCCAACUUGGAAACUCUGAGCAACUUUACCAAAACCUCUCCACAGUAGAAACACUGCUAAUUUUACCGCGAGUAGCACCUUUGUCGUUUUUGUUUCUCAGUGAAUCAGUCGCAAAUGUGCACAAAAAAAUACCACAUUGAGCGUUUUUUGUCAGCUGGUAUUAUCGGUAACAGCUAGCUCGACAUACUUCUGUGAUUUCUUGUCUUGAAUACGAGGUUGUCAUCACUCCUGAACACCUGAAAAAGAAAACACCUGCUGCUGCCACCUUGUGGAAAUAGAUGCAAUACAUGUUAGGAAAUACACUUUUUUUUGUCUUUGUAAUAUCAUAUUUCACGUUUUACGUGAUUGACAGGUGGUGUUGUCCAAUAGGAGCCCGGUUCCAGGUGACAUCUGUGAAUUUUUGGGGGGUUUGUUUUGCGACCAGAAGACGACGUCCAUUUCUUACAUACAGUCUAUGUUUUUCACUGCCUCCUGUUUGUUUUCUGCACAUUUUUACUGUUCACCACACUCGUGUAAAUACUCACGUAAAUGUUAACGUAAGGACAAAAAGUCUCAGAACAUGAGAAGGAAGGUUUUUGUACGAAUGACGACGUUCUCUGUUGUUCAUCACGUUCUGUUGAAGUGAACACUGGCAGGUCCUGGGAUGAUGAGAGAUAAACUUUUUGGAACUUCUCUUCACAUCUGGACUUUAAUCUGGUACACUGGAUCACGUCACAUUUUUCCAUUCCACUUUUCUAUAUUGUCCUUUUUUUCUCCGUUUGCUCAUUUCUUCUUGAAAAGGAUUGCGACAAGUGUAAGCGACGCGGUGGCGUCGAGUGCGGCCGAAGCCUUUUACAUGUGUGGGAUGUUAUUUGACACCCUGUGAAUAAAGGUGAGGAGGGGGCGGGGUCAGUUUGAGAGGUCAUAGACGACAAAUUAAGAUAUAAAUAUAUAUAAAGAGAAAGAGAUACUGUAAGAAUUUUCUUUCUGAUGAUAUCUUACUGAUCAUUUUAGAGGCAGACGGGGAAAAAAAUUAUGUUCACUUAUUAUUGUUAUUAUUAUUAUUAUUAAAGCUUAGUUGUCUUUCUACAGAAUAGAGAACAUAGCUAUAAGAAUUUCUUACAAAAAAAGAAUACAAUGUUUUUAUUGUGGUAUUAUUUGUAUUUGUAUUUCAAUUUUUGUACGUAUCAAGACUGUGAACGUGUAUGCUUGAGUGUGUGUGUGUGCGCGUGAGUGUGUAGGCGAGCAGGUGUGUGUGUGGCAUGCAUGUGUGUGUAUGUUUUCACCUCGUCUGAAUCACCUGAAUCAGUCAGAAGACAACCUCAAGUCUGGUGACACACAUCUGUGAUGUUGGAAAUUGUACAAUAAAUGUCCUCUCCUUGUACAGCA